AUCAAUCACUAAUUAAGAAAAUGUUCCAGGGUUGAAAGAUAUGGCUCAGAGGUUAAGAGCACUGACUGCUCUUCCAGAGGUCCUGAGUUCAAUUCCCAGCAACCACAUGGUAGCUCACAACCAUCUGUAAUGAGAUCUGAUGCCCUCUCUGGUGUGUCUGAGGAUGGCAACAGUGUAGUCACAUACAAGAAAUAAAUAAAUAAAUCCUUAAAGGAAACAAAAGAAAAGAAAAGAAAAUGUUCCACAGGCUGGCCCACAGUCCAGUCUUAGGGAGGCAUUUUCUCAACUGAGGUUCCCUCCUCCCAGAUGACUCUAGCUUGUGCCAAGUUGACAUAAAACUAGUCAGCACAAUGGUUUACGAAAAAGUUGGGAGAGAACAAGCAGUGAGGAGAACAAGCAGUCAGGAGAAGGAUACGUUGGAGGUGUCUGACAGAAGUGGGAGUUUAGAGAUGGGGAUAGAUAUGAUGUAUGGAACUGUCAAAAAACAAAUAAAAUUAAUAUUGAAACAAACCAAAGAACAAAAGGGCAGGGGACAACACCAAUUAGUCUAUGAUUAGCAUCGUCUCAGAAGCUUGGUGAGAAUUCAUAAGUAAGCUUAGAGGUAGGUGGUCUGAAUUCUUUCUGUGUGGUAAGAGGCCUCAGUAAACCAAGCCAGUAGGAAGUGGCGUGACAUAUCGAUAGAGAUCACAUCCCGAUUAUCACCAUGAAACAGAAGCUGAGGGCUAGCUCUGAAGAUUACGAGCUGAAGGAAAGGCCUUACUGCUGGUGUGGGAAUUAAACUUUAACAGGAAUGGCAACCUGAAGAUGCAGUCCGGGGAAAGUAUGUUAACGUGGGGUACCAUGAAUUCCCAGUUCUUGCUCUUGUUCUGUCUCGGGAUAUGGACUGGGCAAACAGACAUAAGUGUGUUCGGAUCCUUUUUCAAUCCCAUCUUCAAUGUCUGGCCUAGCUCUGUGGUUCCCGCCAGGGGCAAUGUGACCCUGCAAUGUACAACUUAUAAAGAAGAUGCAAACUGUGUUAUUAAAAAAGAAGGUACUAAUUUGAAUCUCGAGACACCAAUUGGUGUGACAGACAGGACAUCUAAAUUACAUCUCCCUAAGAAUUGGCCGAGAACAGUUGAGUUGUAUCUCACAGGGUUAGAACAGAGUGAUGCCGGAUGCUACACCUGUGAAUGCUAUGAGAAUGAGAACCCCGAUGACAUGCUCAGUGUUGAAAUCCUAUUAUUGGUCACAGGACAUUUACCUAAGCCUUCCCUCCAAGCUCACCAACGGAGCAAUGUGACAGCAAAAGAGAAUGUGACCCUGCAUUGUCAGAAGCCAGAUAAUGUGACUGAAUACAAAAUGUUCAUGCUAUUGAAAGAAGGCACCUCAUCACCUGUACAGGUUCAGAGUUCAGAAAGCAACAGAGCUGACUUCUUACUUCAUAAUAUGAUACCAUAUGACACAGGAAAUUACAGUUGUGUCUAUCACAAGAAAGAAGCCCCUUUCUGGGCCUCACACCCCAGUGAUCACAUUCAGAUCUUUGUGUCAGAUCCAAAUGUUGGCCAAACAGACACGAAGAGAGACGAUACCCUUCCCAAACCCUGCCUCAGUGCUUGGCCCAACUCAGUAGCAUCAGAGAAUGGCAACGUGACCCUGCACUGCGUGAGUCCCACCCCAGACAUACAGCUUGUUCUCAGAAAGGGAGGCGUUAUUUUGGAUUCCAGGCUUCCACAUCAUUUGACACAGGCGACAGCUGAGUUUCGUCUGACGAAUCUGCGGCAGGCUGAUGCUGGAUAUUACACCUGUGAAUACUAUCUAAAAACGUCCCCCGAUAGAAUCUCACCUUCCAGUGAUGGGCUCUUACUAUUGGUCACAGGAUACUUGUAUAAGCCUUCCCUCCGAGUCAACCACUCGGGCCUGAUGACCACAGGAGGAAAGGUGAACUUACAGUGUCAGAAGCCACACAAUUUGACAAACUAUAAAAUGUUCGCUCUGCUAAAGGAGGGAAUGUCAUCACCCGUACAAUUUCAGAACUCAGAAAGUGACACAGUGGAUUUCACCCUUCAGGAUGUGACAGUCAAUGAUACAGGAAGGUACAGCUGUGUGUACCUUCAGACAGAAGCUCCUUUCAGAACCUCAUAUCCAAGCGACCAUCUUGUUAUCUCAGUGGCAAUAACCCCAAGUGCCGUAUCAGAAUGUUAUACCAAGAGCAAUCACAUACGGCUGGGAAUAUCCGCCAUGUUUGUGGUGUUUAUGGCAGUUUUCCUGGCCGAAGCCUGGUACAGUCAGAGGGCGUCACUAAGCAGACACAGGCCCUACAGCACCCCAGGGCCACCAUGAAUCAUUGGUCAAAGCAGACAAGUUGCUCUUCAGUUUUCUAUGAAGCCUGUACCGCCCGCUCUUUGAAAGCUAUCCUGGGAUGGGAUGACAUCCAUCUCUUCAUUCCUUACACGGCACAGAGGACAGAACUGGCCAUAGAUGUUCACCGGACUUCACUGUUUUACAAUAACUACACUGAAAACUACUCCUAUUUUCCCCUACAGAUAGGGCAUGCUGCCUAGAGCAUAAACCAAAGCCUUGGUACUAUGGAUCUGUUUCUGUGUUCAUAAUUAUGUUAGUAUGAUCUAUAAGGCUUUAUUUUAUAUUUCUUUAGAAUGUAUUUUGUGUACCCUCCUGGAUAUCAUUGGCACUAUGUAUGUAGUAUGCAAAUUAGGUACCUUUUGCAGUGUAUAUUACAUGUAUCUAAUAUACAAUUAAUUGUAAUGGUUUUGAUAAAUUAUUAGGUUGAUGCUUUGUCCAUUCUCUCUCUCUCUCUCUCUCUCUCUCUCUCUCUGAGUGUGUGUGUGUGUGUGUGUGUGUGUGUGUGUGUGAGAGAGAGAGAGAGAGAGAGAGAGAGAGAGAGAGAGAGAGAGAGGUGUGCAGGUGCCUACUGCAGCCAGAUCACCUGGAGUUGGAGUUACAGACAGUUGUGAACCACCUGAUAAUGAAUGCUGGGAACUGAACCUAGGUCCUCUGGAAGAACAGCAAGUGCUCUUAACCACUAGGCUCGCUCUCUCUUCCUCCCUCCCCCUCUCUCUCUGUCCCCCUCCCCCUCCCUCCAAUCUGUUUUUUGAGGCAGGGUCUCUCAGUGAACCUGGAACCACUGAUUUGCCUAAACUGGCUAGACAAGAGGCACUAGACUUCCUCCUGUCUUCCUCUGCCCAUCAGGAGAUCACAAGGCCAGUUGGAACAUCUGACUCCUUAUGUGGAUACUGGGGAUAAGAACUCAGGCCCUCUCCACAGUCAGACAUUAUGUGGAGAAAGAGUUCUUGGAGGUCUCCAUUGAAGCUCUGGGAACACAGUGGAAGAGGUGGAGGAAAGAUGGUGGGAGCCAGAGGGGUCAAGGACACCAGGAGAACUGUGGGAUCAACUAAGAAGGAUUCAUAGGGGCUCACAGAGACUGAAGCAGCGAUCUUGGAGCCUACAUGAAUCUGUGCUAGAUCCUCUGUGUAUGUGGUAUCGUUAUUUUGGCUUGGUAUUUUGGGCAGACUCCUGGCAGUGGGAGAGGAGGUGUCUCCAUCUCUUUUGCCUGCUACUGGGAUCCUUUUCCUCCUAUUGGGUUUCCUCUCCCAGCCUUGAUGCGAGGGUCUGUGCCUGCUUUUAUAGUACCUUGUUGUGCUGGGUCAGCUGACAUCCCUGAGAGAACUGCUUUA